CGCGUGAGGUGGUCCCUUGGAUCUGUGUCUUGCUUCAACAGUGUUUGAACGGAACAGACCCGGGACUACCUUUCUCUCAGCCUUCGGCAAUUUUCCAGUCUCAUUCUUUUCUACUUGUAAUCUCUGGGACCAUCUUCACGGCCAUCUCCUGCUUCUGGAGCCAGCUUUUUUUUGUGUGGUUAGUUCCUUAUGGAUCAACCAUGAGCUCCCAGAUUCGUCAAAAUUAUUCCACCGAUGUGGAGGCAGCCGUCAACCGCCUGGUCAAUUUGCAUCUGCGGGCCUCCUACACCUACCUCUCUCUGGGCUACUAUUUCGACCGCGACGAUGUGGCUCUGAAAGGCGUGGGCCACUUCUUCCGCGAGUUGGCGGAGGAGAAGCGCGAGGGCUCUGAGCGUCUCUUGAAGAUGCAAAACCAGCGUGGCGGCCGCGCUCUCUUCCUGGACGUGCAGCUCUGUGACUUCCUGGAGAGUCACUUCCUAGAUGAGGAAGUGAAACUCCUCAAGAAGAUGGGCGACCACCUGACCAACCUGCACAGGCUGGCCGGACCCCAGGCUGGGCUGGGCGAGUAUCUCUUCGAAAGGCUCACUCUGAAGCACGACUAAAAGCCUACGGAGACCAGUGACCUUUGAGGAGCCCUUUUCAAACUAUCAAGGGCUUCUACCAGAGCCUCUUCCUCCAGCCACAAGGCAGCUUUUUAAACACCUUGCAAUCUUCUAAGCCUUGGACCAAAUGGAAAUAAAGCUUUUGUGCAUCUGA